ACUCUGGAACCGAGUGAAAGAUUAAUGACCAAUCUUCUAUCAAUAAGAAACAGAAGGCCACGACGCAUUCUACGUACAGUGAUGGCGUCGAUCAAAUCUGCGCGCUGUCUGACAAUUUUCUUUGGGCUGCUGGUUAUGCACUUUUUGGCGACAAACUUGUCUCAAUCAUCAUCUGCACAUUGGACAACAUCUCAGGUAAAACAUUACUCGAGUGGUAACUCAUCUGAGCAUAACCAGCAAAUUCCCAAGGAAGACAGUUUGGAUAACCUAAGGAAGAGAGUGAGAGGAUCAAAUCCACGGGACCUAAACCACCUUGAGACAAAUAAGUCGCCAGAUGCAUUUGUGAUGGAUAGAUUACACAGCAGGAACAUGCAAGAUGGUAUCGACACACCAACAGAGGGCGCUCCGUGGACAAGAGGGGGUUUCUGGAGUGAAAAGGCCGAGGCAACUGUGUCGAUAAUCCAAGGGGAAAAUAGUAAUGAGUUUGCUGAGAUGAUUAAAGACAACUUGGUAGUUAACAUGGUACCAGGCUGUGGUCAUUCACAGAACCGACUCUUGACUUUACAAAAUGGCUGCCGCGUGUGCUGUCGCUACCGCAACAGCCUCGAUCUCAUACUUGGUGAGAUGUAUGCGUACUAUCUAUCUCAGGUUCUGCACGUACACAACCUUCCACCAACCACGCUCGGCGUUAUAAACGCUACGGACAGCAAAUGGGAUGCCGUGAGGACUAAUAUGACCAUCGCUGAUUGGUCAGCUAGUGGUCAUCAGGUUGUUUUUAGUCAAUGGAUUCCGAAAUUGGCGCCAGCUCUCUUGCCACAAGUUUUUCUGAAACAAUCAAAACGCCUGCAUCCACGAAGAGUCAUCGGCAUGGACGCUGCGGAUGUAGCAGAGCUCGUCCAAUGGUCAGAGUUGAUCAUCUUUGAUUACCUCACCGGCAACAUGGACAGAAUGGUGAGCAUGCUGGUGAACAAACAGUGGAACAGUCAGAUUAUGGAGUCCCCGGUGCAUAAUCUCGAGAAAUCCACAUUGACGGGCCAACUCUUUUUCAUUGACAACGAGUUAAGUUUCAUACACAGUUAUCGUCUGCUAGAUAGAUAUGGUCAUUACCACACGGCCAUAUUGCAGUAUAUUUGCAUAUUCCGAUUGCAGACGAUAGAACGGCUGCAAAGACUGCACAGAGACGGUGACAUUUGGGACAAAAUGAUGGAUUUUGCUGACAACUCACAGGGAGGAAAUAAAAAACUACCCAAACUAUCAAGAAAGAAUGUAGGUAUUUUAAAAAUGAGACUUGUUGAAGUUCUCAACCAUGUGGAAAACUGCAAGAAGCUGUAUUUGAACUCCGAUAGCUAA